AUGCCCCAGCUCACGAACUCGGCCCACGAAGUUCCAGUAAUCAAUACACAAGUCCACGACUCCGGCAACACUCCCUACAUCAUGGCCGAAGAAGGCGGUCACCACGUCCCGACGGGCGGCAACAACCACAACCCAGCCAGCGACAACCAGCAAAAGCAGGCCCCCGAGUUCACCAUCAAGCCCCGCAUGGACAACUUCAACGCCGAGGAGAUCCGCGAGGCCAUGUCGCCCACCGGCCCUAUGACCCCGAAUCCCUUCAGCCGCAAGAACACGAGCAUCGACAUUGAUGACUACUUCACUGGCCCUCGCGACAUCCUCAAGCACUCCAAAUGGCCCCUCUUCAUGCAGAUGCACGGCAGCAUCCUGCCCAAGAUGAUUGUCCCCUUGAUCUGGAUGUCUCUCUGGUCCGCCGCCAUUACCUGUAUCGACAAGUUCCGCACCAACAUGGGUGUCGACUCUGUUUUGUUGACCGUCCUGGGUUUCGUCGUCGGUCUGGGUCUCUCGUUCCGCAGUUCCACCGCCUACGAGCGUUACGCCGAGGGUCGCCGCUACUGGGCCCAGCUUAUUCUUGCGACCCAAAGUCUUGGUCGCGUCUUCUGGAUCCACGGUGCCGAAGCCCAGGACGUCGAUCCGAGGCAGUCGCUCCUCCGCAAGGUUGGCUCCAUGAACCUCCUCUUGGCUUUUGCCGUCUCCCUCAAGCACAAGCUUCGAUUCGAGCCCUAUACCGCGUACGAGGAUCUCGAGCACCUGGUCGCCCAUCUGCAGACGUUUGCCCAGGAGGCAACCGCGGCCGAGCCUGAGAAGAUGGCCCUCAAGAAGAAGAACUUCUUUAAGGAGACUGGCGAGUACCUCGGCGUCUCCUUCGCCGCCAGCAACCCCCGCAAGUCCAUCAAGAAGGCCUCCCGCCCCCUCGGUAACCUGCCCCUCGAGAUCCUCAACCACAUCUCCUGCAUCGUCGACAAGAUGGUGGAAGAUGGCCAGCUCAAGGUCCCCAUGCAGCAGACCCUGGCCUACAACAACGUAGCCCUCCUCAACGACAUCAUGACGGGUACCGAGCGUGUCCUGACCACUCCUCUCCCCAUUGCAUACACUAUCGCCAUCAGCCAAAUCACUUGGGUCUACGUCAUGCUGCUUCCCUUCCAGCUGAUUGACAAGCUCGACUGGAUCACCAUUCCCGCCACCGUCGCUGCCGCCUAUAUCAUUCUCGGCAUCCUGUUCAUCGGUCGCGAGAUUGAGAACCCCUUUGGCGAAGACGUCAACGACUUGCCUUUGGAAGCUUACUGCGAGCAAAUCGCCUCGGAACUCGACAUCAUUGCUUCCUUUGAGAAGCGCGACCCAUACCGGUUCAUGGAGUCUUCUCGCAACUUGCCCCUGUUCCCCGCCAGCAUGGCUCCCUACCACAUCUGGAUGGGCCGCUCCGAAGAGCGCGUUCGCGACGCCAUCAAGUCCAAGCACAAUACUGUCUUCGAGUUCCGUAAGAAGGUUAUUCUCGAGAAGGCAGCGUCGAGGGCCGGCCACUCGGGGGAAAAGACAAGCAGCGAGGCCACGACCACGAUCAACGGCGAUCACAACGUAUAA